CUGUAGUCCCAGCUACUAAGGAGGCGGAGGCAGGAGAAUGGUGUGAACCCGGGAGGCGGAGCUUGCAGAAAGCUGAGAUCACGCCACUGCACUCCAGCCUGGGCCACAGAGCGAGACUCCGUCUCAGAAAAAAAAAAAAAAAAAACUGAAUAAGAGGGCACUACUGUAGUACAUGGUAACAUCAAAUACAGCAACAGCCCAGAUGCAGUGGCUCACACCUGUAAUCCCAGCACUUUGGGAGGCUGAGGCUGCAGGAUGGCUUGAAGCCAGGAGUUCGAGGUUGCAGUGAGCUAUGAUUGUACCACCGCACUUCAGCUUGGGUGACAGAGCAGGACCCUGUCUCAGAAAAAACCCCAUAAAACAGUAAUAUAGAAGCCACAUAAGCAGAUGCUCUUUAGGAGCCCUGACUAUUUAAGAAUGUAAACAACACAAUGUUAGAACCAGUGGCAAGGAGGGUACUGGACAUUUCCAUCUUCACCACGUGCCUCCUUAUCUUUCACAUGUUGUUUCACUCUGUCUCUUCUCAGCAUUGGCUCUGACCAGCAUUUGCUCACCUAAUGAAUGUUUAUGAGUGCCUGCUGCAUGCCUGCUGCUGUGGCUGCUUGGGACACAGGGUCUAGCUUUGGGUACUGGUCUAUGGGGUGGUGGGGUAGGCAGGAGGGAAGCAGCUUGGCAGCUGGUGCUGACGUUGGAAGCGGGGGGACAACAGAGGCAGUUCUGGCUUCACAGAGGAGGGAGUCGUGUGGGGGCAGGCUCCUCCCAGAGUAGGGCACGGCCUGCAGGAGCUCUCAGGUGUGUCUGUGGAAGGGAUGAGGUGGGCUUGAUGCCCCUGUGGGAAGUGCUUUGCAUGCCAGGCCUGAGCAUGGACUUUAUACUAGGCAUCAGGAAUUUAUUGAAAGCUUUAUUUUUUUUUUUAAUUUUUUUUUUGUAUUUUGAGAUAGAGUUUCACUCUUGUUGCCCAGGCUGGAGUGCAAUGGCGCGAUCUUGGCUCACUGCAACUUCCUCCUCCCGGGUUCAAGUGAUUCUCCUGCCUCAGCCUCCUGAGUAGCUGGGAUUACAGGCAUGCGCCACCAUGCCCAGCUUAUUUUGUAUUUUUAAUAGAGAUGGGGUUUCUCCAUGUUGGUCAGGCUGGUCUCAAACUCCAGACAUCAGAUGAUCUGCCCGCCUGGGCCUCCCAAAGUGCUGGGAUUAAAGGUGUGAGCCACCAUGCGCGGCCCAUUGAAAGCUUUAAGCAGGGGAGUGGCUUGAUGAGAUGGGUGUUGAGAAAGAUAACUCAGGGUUGUUGGACUCUGAAUUGGAGGGUACAGGGACUAGGCGAGGGUUGGCUGGAGGGGUUGCAGGGGGGCGAUUGUGUUCUAAACGCUGAUAUUUUCACUUAGAGUGGCUCUGAUUCUGCCCUUCUUUCUCCUGUAGACCUUGGGAGGUUGCCUGGGAUUUCUCCCUCCUGGACAACUUCUGUUGAGUGAAGCGUACCUGCUACCCCGGGUGUGGAGGCCCCAGGUUCUUUUGCUUUGUAUGAUUAGGACAGGGUGAUAUUUUCUGGGUUAUCUCUUGUGGGAACUGAGCCCUCCAAAGCCCUCAUUUGUGCAUUGUUGUCAUAGCUGCCCAACUGUGUGGCCUUGCUGAGUUUGACGGCUGUGGACCAGGUGAUCUCUCGGGUGGUGAAAGGGAGGUGCUCUGUGAGUGCACCUCAGCUUUAGCCUCUUGGCUCCUCCCUGGAUUGGGAUUUCCAGGGAGGUCUCUUUCCUCUUUCUUUUUUCUCUUUCUUUUCUCUCUUUCUCUCUCUCUGUUUUUUUGUUUGUUUGUUUGUUUUUUAAAUGAGACAGGGUCUUGCCGUGUUGCCCAGGCUGGUCUUGAACUCCUGGGCUCAAGCGAUCCUCCUGCCUCAAUCUCCCAAAGUGCUCAGAUUAAAGGCAUGAACCACCACACCCGACUUUCCUUUCUUUUGAGACUUCUGCACAGAGCAGGCUCAGCUUCCUUUGUAGACUUAGCCAUUGAACUCUAAGAAGUUAUUUACAAAGGUGUAAAUAGGCCGGGCAUGGUGGCUCAUGCCUGUAAUCCCAGCACUUUGGGAGGCCGAGGCAGGCGGAUCACUUGAGGUCAGGAGUUUGAGACCAGCCUGGCCAAGAUGGUGAAACCCUGUCUCUACCACAAAAAUUAGCUGGGUGUGGUGAUGGGUGCCUGUAAUCCCUAGCUACUCGGGAGGCUGAGGCAGGACAAUCGCUUGAACCCGGGCAGCAGAGGUCGCAGUGAGCCGAGAUUGUGCCACUGCACUCCAGCCUGGGCGACAGAGGAAGACUCAAAAAAAAAAAAAACAAAGGUAAAUUACACGUAUAUAUGUGUGUGCACAAAUCUUAAAGAAUAGAGAGAUAAGUAGUGGUAAACCCACUAUUGGUUGAAUCGUGGGUGUCCCACUAAGCGUGACACCGUUGUUCCCUCAUGGCCACAUAAGAAAUAGCCUCCCAAGUUCCUGGGACACCCCAUGCACUUCUCCCUGGCUUAUUCCCACUUCCCUCUAGAAGCCAACAGUCUUCUGAAUUGUGGGUCAGCCAUUCGCUGGCUUUUGUCGGUUUCCCGCCUUUGUCUGGAUCCUGAAACUGCGAAUGAUUUUGGCUCAGAUCGCUGGGAGCCGGGUGUCCUGCACUCUUGGGACACCAGGAGCAGCAGUUCCUGCGUUCCCAUUCUCCAUUUCAGUGUCCAGGGUGGCGCCAUCCACACAUAAUCACCUGUCCUGCUGGCAGUGAGCAUUUGGGUGGGUUUCUGGGUUUUGUUUUUGAUGCCUUCUAAGUAGCUGACUUUUCACCCCCAAGCUAUGCUUCCUGAGGCAGAGAAGUGCCAGUUUAUUUUGUUUUCUGUCUCUAAAUCCAGUUCCUUAAUGCACCACUGAGACUCAGUUUAGAAGUGCAGUGAAACUUUGUGAGCAUUUUUCUCCCUGAGUUUGAAUGGAUCCCUCGCUCAUUCUUUGAGUUCUUGGGCACUUGUCUCUUAGACACUUUCAAGUUACCUACUGGACAGGAGAGACCUCUUCUCUGUAAAGUAUCACACUUGGAGGCUUUUCAGGCACAGGACCAUAGAUUGUAAUAUUUUCCAUAGCAAUUGCCCAAUUUUAUCUGUAAAAAUUGCUUUUUAAGGCCUGGCACAGUGGCUCACACCUGUAAUCCCAACAUUUUGGAAGGCUGAGGCAGGAGGAUCACUUGAGCCCAGGUGUUUGAGACCAGUCUGGAAAACAUAGUGAGACCUCAUCUCUACAAAAAAUUUUAAAAAUUGGUUGGGCAUCGUGGCAUGCACCUUUAAUUCCAGCUACUCAAAAGGCUGAGACGGGAGGAUCCCUUGAGCCCAGAAAUUAGAGCUAUGAUCGCGCCACUGCACUCCAGCCUGGGCCACAGAGCAAGACCCUGUCUCCAAACAAUCACAAAACUUCCAAUGGAUGCCCAAUGUAUAACUUUUUUUUUUUUUUUUCUUAUUUGGAGUAAAAUAACUUGAUCCUUGAUCUUUGGCUGUAGCUCUUGAGCCAUUUGAGGCACUGGGGGGGUUUGUGUGUUGAUUACCUAUGAAGGAGCAAGUGGGCUGUUUCCUUCUCCCAGCGGCUUCCUUUGACCCCAAAUCCCUGAGAGUCUCGCCCAUUUUCUUCUUGGCUUCCUCCCUUUGAUAUGCCCAGCCGGCUCCUGCCCUACCUGGCUGCCACCAGGACCUGCUGGAGGCGGUUGCUGGGAAUUAUUUGGUGUCCUGUUUGAACCUCGCUUGCCGUGCUCCCAGAUUUCCUGUUUCUCCUGGGCUUACCUUUCAGGAUUUGCAGAACCCCUUCUCCUUUAGAAGUGUCAACUGGGGCUGGGUGUGGUGGCUCACGCCUAUAAUCCCAGCACUUUGGGAGGCCGAGGCGGGCGGAUCACCUGAGGUCGGGAGUUCCAGGCCAGCCUGACCAACAUGGAGAAACCCCGUCUCUACUAAAAAUACAAAAUUAGCCAGGUAUGGUGGUGCACACUUGGAAUCCCAGCUACUCGGGAGGCUGAGGCAGGACAGUCGCUUGAACCCGGGAGGCGGAGGUUGCGGUGAGCCGAGAUUGCACCAUUGCACUCUAGCCUGGGCAACAAGAGGAAAACUCUGUCUCAAAAAAAAAAAAAAAAAAAAAAAAAAAAAAAGUCAGUUGGACCUUAGGACAACUUAAAAACAUUAUCAGGUUUUUAUCUUUUAGAUAGCAGACAUGAGUCUGCUCUUAAUAAGGAUUUACAGUAGUCUCUCUGUUUCCUGUGGGCUCCUGGCUGGCUUGUGUGAACUCCCUCCUCUAGGAUGGGCGCUCCAUCCUGGACAUUGCCACGUUGCCAGCUGUCCUGCCAAUAUUUUGCUUCCUGUGUUGUUGUUAUUGGUUGGGGGUCCAGGAGAGGUUGCUGCCUGGACUGAGUCUACUUGCUGAUCAGGAUGAAGUUGAUCUCUGCUUCCCUUCUGAAGGUUUCUGUGCACUGUAUUGAAUUCCAGGACAGCCUACGUAAGAAGUGUGCACAGCUCCAAGAGUUCUUCACAAAUGAUUAUGCCCUUGUAACUAGCAUCCAGAGUGAGAAACACAACCCUGGAAGCCCCUCACGUAUCCUGAGGCUUUUAGUCACUCUCAACCCCCACCCAUAAGAUUAGUGCUGCCUGCUUUUGAAUGUAUGCAAAUGGAACUGUCAUAGUCUUUUUGGCUCUGGCAUCUUUGCUCAAAAGUAUAUUUGAGAGAUUCAUCUGUGUUGUUUGUAAGUCAAACCAUGUGAAAUUAUCAGCAGUCAGCUGUUUUUUUACCCCUAAAAGGUAAAUUCAUACAGUUCAACCUAAACGUUCUGUCCUGUUCACUGCUGGAUCAUAGUCUUUUAUACCUGCAGCUGUCCCUUCUCAAGGUGGGCAUAGUUGUUUUCCAUUGUUGGGCCUUCAUGAGUGUGCCUGCCUGUUUGGUGUGCAUACGUGUGCAUUCUUGUUGGCGUAUACCUUGGGUGAGUUUUUGGGCCCACAGCUAGCUAGCUAGCUAGCUUGUUUGCUUUAUUUAUUUAGAGACGAAGUUGGCUCUUGUCGCCCAGGCUGGAGUGCAGUGGCGCAGUCUCAGCUCACUGCAACCUCUGCCUCCUGGGUUCAAGUGAUUCUGCUGCCUCAGUCUCCCAAAUAGCUGGGAUUACAGGAGCCUGCCACCACGCCCGACUAAUUUUUGUAUUUUUAGUAGAGACGGGGUUUCACCAUGUUUGCCAGGCUGGUCUCAAAACUCCUGACCUCAGGCGAUCCACCCACCUUGGCCUCACAAAGUGCUGAGAUUACAGGCGUGAGCCACCACCCACGGCCUUGGGCCCACAGUUUUAGAUUGUGCCAUCCAAGGGUUUUCUAAACCAUGUGAGUUUUCUGGCCAGGUGCGGUGGCUUAUGCCUGUAAUCUCAGUACUUUGGGAGGCUGAGAUGGGCAGAUCACUUGAGGCCAGGAGUUGGAGACCAGCCUGGCCAACAUGGUGAAACCCCAUCUCUACGAAAAAUACAAAAAUUAUCUGCGGGUGGUGGCGCACUGCACUUCUGUAAUCCCAGCUACUCGGGAGGCUGAGGCAGGAGAAUUGCUUGAACCUGGGAGGCGAAGGUUGCAGUGAGCCAUCUCGCCACUGCGCUCCAGCUUGGGUGACACAGCAAGACUCUCUCUCAAAAAAAUAAAAAAUUAUAAAGUAUGUGAGACUUCUGGUUGCCUUACUGCCUGGCCAACAUUUGGUGUUACCUUUUUCCUGAUGGGCUUUGACGUUCUUAUUCUUUCCGGAACAGUCCUGGUCUUGUUUAAAAACAUCCCCAUUUUCCUUUCGUCCCUGGGAGAUACUCUUUUAGUCUUUGUUUGGCUAGUCAAAAUCCCGUCUUUAGUAUCUGUUGUUGAAUUUUUGUGUUUCUGUUUUUUCUGAUUCCCUUUCAGCAUGUCAUCUCAGUCUUGUCCCAGCCCGGGGGUCAGGCGGUGUUGCGUACAGACGGUGCAGUGGCUCCUUCAUGCUGGUUGCCUCAGAGCCUUUGCCAGGCCUGGAGAACUGCAUAGGUGCAGGACUGCCAGUAGUUCUUCCUGCUCUUCGAUCAUUGAAAUGUUUUCUUCUGUGAAGUAAUGAUGGUAGAAGAUGAUAGGGUUUCUGUUUGUUUCUAAUUCUAGUCUUUACUUGGCAUUAAGAAAUUGUUAGCUGCUAGGGUUGAUUUUGAAAUUGUGAAGUUGGAGAGUCCCUCCUGGAGCUGUGGGUUGGAUGGCUGCAGCUCUGUGACUCAGCUGUGCUGGGUGCCUCCCUUUGGGGCUCAGUUACCUCCUUUUAAGGUGUCCCUAGGGUGAGAGAGAUGAUCACGAUAGUCCCUUCCACCUGGGCGGCCCAGGCUUUCCUCGCCCAUUUAGUGCCUUGCAUGUAGAAUUUCCACCUGUUGUCUGCUGUGCUGCCACUGCUUGUCCUCCCUCCCUGCCACACAGAGCUGUGUUCUCUGCCUGCCACUCACGCCUGCUUCUCUGAUCAGGGUUUGUGGAACCCUCCAGCGUGGUCACCAUUCUGGUACCUGUGGUAACACGCUCAGCCUUGGUGUGGCACAUUCUAGGUCUACCGUUUGUAUUCACCAGCCUGUGAGCUUGUGUACAUGGGACAUGUAUCUUUGUUUUGGGGGCUUUCACCUUCCACUUGAUGCCCAUCCCUUGAGCGUUUACUACUUGUGGAGCGCUUGGCUUUCAGGCCGUAGAGAGCUUUCCAAUCAGUGGUGUCCAGGUAAAAACAAAAGAAGGAAAAAAGCUUCUAACCUAGCCCUUCUCAGAGUUGACUGUGCGUUUGAGCCCCCAGGGUUCUGGUGGUUAGGGCUGGAUGGAGUCUGAGCCUCUGCAUGUCUAACAAGAUCCCUGGUGGUGCUGCUGCUGUUUCUUGGGUCAUGGCCAGUGAGCAAGAAGAGCAGGGAAGUGGGCUGGAGAAGACUGCAGAAACCAGCACAGGGCCUGUUUUGCCUCCUGACAUACGUGGCUGCCAGAUUCCUGCUUUUUCCUCACCUACUAGGAACAGCAGCUGCACAUCCUCUGGUGGUCUUGCGUGGGCUCCUGCUCUGUGGCUGUCAGCGAGCCUUUUACCCCAUGCUCAGGCCCCUCUUAGGGGGCAGGGUGGUGUUGGGAUGGAGUUUGGAGGUGAGCACAGCAUUCGUAGUCACUAUCACAACCUUAAAUUGUUAUUCUGCUUCUUUUUUUUGAGACAGAGUCUCACUCUGUCACCCAGGCUGGAGUGCAGUGGCGCGAUCUCGGCUCACUGCAAGCUCCGCCUCCCAGGCUCAAGCAAUUCUGCCUCAGCCUCCGGAGUAGCGGAACUACAGGCGCGUGCCACCACACCCAGCUAAUUUUUUGUAUUUUUAGUAGAGAUGGGGUUUCACAGUGUUAGCCAGGAUGGUCUUGAUCUCCUGACCUCAUGAUCCACCCAUGUCAGCCUCCCGGAGUGCUGGGAUUACAGACCGCACCUGGCCGUUAUUCUGCUUCUUAAAGCAAUGUUCCCUUGCCUCUCUCCAAUAUCCUGUCUCAGAACUGUCAGCCAGACUGUGCCAGGCCUGGGGCCCUCCUUGAUGCCAGCACUAGCAGGGGAAGUCAGCUGCAGGUCUCCAAGGUCUUCCUGGCCCCAUUCCUUGCUGGCUCCAAACCCGGAAGUGAUGAGGAGAGGGAGGGGACUGAGGCUGUACCUUCUGGGGAAGCACAGUUUGGAGGCACUUUCGGUCCAGCUCUCCUCUCAGCAGCCCAUUCCAGCCUUUUCCUUGUGCUGGGGUGUUAGCCCGGGCUUCCUCACCUCAGAAGGGACAGUACACAUGGGCUGGUGGCUCGGACCAUGCAGGGCUUGGCCCUGCUGUGGGCAGUACGAGGUCAUCAGUAGGACCCAUGGGCAUUUCAGGACGGGCUUGGGAAAGUCACUGGGCUGGGGUGGAUGCUACCUCCCUCACUUUAGGCCACAGGGCUGGCCUGAGGAGCAGAGGAGGAGGAGGCCAGCCUCAGGUCCCAAUCGCUGCAUCACCAAUGUGUUGAGUGGAACCCGAGUGUUUAUUUUGUAGAAGCUGCGUUGGAGAGAGCUGGGCUCCUGGCAUUUGUGGAGCCUGUUGCUUUCCAGGAGGAUGGUCUGGGAGGAGAGCCAGGAGCUGCUGGCCGGCAUCCAGGUCUGGGCUGGAUUACAUGGCUGGGCUUGCCCAGAGCAGUGAGCCCCACCCACCACCAGCCCAUGCCUGAAGGGACAGGGAAGGAGGUCAUGGAGGGUGGAGGUGUUCCCAGAGGAGCAGCAAGCACAACCUGGGCCUCCAAAGCAGGCUGCAUGGGGGCUCCAUCUUGUCACUUCUGGUGGAGGAGCUGGGCAGACCCCAUGCCCUCACAGUGAGUUUGGGAGAAUACACCCAGGUGAGGCCCUGCUGUGGAUAGGCAGGUGGUGCUGGGGGGUGGGGGAGUGAGGGUGGAGGUGUAGACUGGAGUCCCUGCUCCUGGCACACCAGUGCAUGGAGGGCGGUGCCUCCUCUAGCUCCCCCAAGCAGCUUGGCAGUUGGAAGCCAUGUGUGAGUGGCAUCCCUGGCCCUGCCUGCGUUAGGGGGCGGUCAUCAGACUACAACUCUGGAGUCAUGCUUUAGGCCCUCACUCUGCUACCUACAUGCUCUUGUGACCCUGGGCAAGUUGCUUAACCCCCAAGAACCUUUAAUUUCUUAUCUGAAACUGCAGAGAUAACGCCCCGCUCGCUGGGCCUGUGGGAAGAUUGAGGAGAUCAGACCUGCCCACAUGUAGGCUGCCAUCUCAUACAGGGCUGUGGCGGUGGGCGAGGUGCAGCCUUCGCCCCUUGGAGCUAUCUCUUGUCUACCAAGACUUCCUCAGGGAGGACUCCAGGCCAUGGGGAUAGGAUGAACAAAGUCCUGGGCUUGUGACUGUGCAGGGCUGGUUGGUGUGUCCAGGGGCUGGGCCUUGGGGCACUUGUGGGAUACUGGCUGCCUCCUGCCUGGCUGCCUUGUGCCUUCCAGGCAGUCUCUCCCAUGGCUUAGGGGCUCCUGGGAAGAGGCUGAGCUCACACAGGGCCACCCGUUGCAGCUGCAUCUGUCCCGGCCACACCUGAAGUAUGAGGUGACUAUAGUUGGGGGUUGGCCUGGAACCAGGGCCGAUGCUGACCUUAGACUUAAGUUUGGGAGCAGUGGCAGCAAGUCUGGGGCUCUCUCUGACCCUGGUCAGAUGUACUUAGACCUCUGGGUUGUGGAAGUUGCCUGGUGUCCCUGCCCUGCCUAGCAUGGCUUCUCAGCCUGGCAUGCUUGUCCCUCCCACCUGACAGUGGAGCUCGGGCGGGCUGUGGGCGGCCCUGCUCACUCUCAGCUGUCUUGGCGUCAGCUGGAGGGUUCUCAUUUCACUGUUACUUUUGUUUAGGCUGGGAGGUGGUUAAGGUGCUGCUCCUUGGGAGUGGGCUGGGGGGAUCUUCUCAGUCCUCCAGCAUAGCUCCAGGCCUCCUGCAGGAAGCCCCUUUCUUGGUAGUAAAGGAUAGCUUCCAGGGAGGAAGGUGGAUGAGAAGGAUCCUAGGAGGGCUAGGCGGGAUGGCCUGCUUGGGGUGGCACCCUUUCCUGGUCUUCACCCUUCUCCCCAGGCCUCCCUCCUGGCUGGGCGUGAGCCAGAAGUUUCAGUCUGAAGGCAGGGGUAUCAUGUGGCUGAGACCACACCCUGAGUUUGACCCCCACCUGUGGGCCUGGACGUGGGCGUGAGAUGUGUUCCUGUCUCCCAGAGUCAUGGCCUCCAGAAGGAGCCGUGUGGAGGCCCAGCACCUGGAGCAGUUCUGAAUGCCUGGCUUCUUGGAGGCCAAGGUUCUAGGCAAGCCUGCAGUCAGCUGCUUCCAGGGCUGAGCACCAGCAUCCGGGCCAGCACCCAGAGCCGUGUUUCCGGUUACCUGGCACUCCCCAGGCGGAGCCCUCCAGGAUAGGCGCUUGCUGUUUCAUGUCCAGCGGUGACCAGGCAUUGAUGCACCCCCAGGAAGGCCACGCGCUCAGGAGGCCCCCCCCCGCUGGCUGCUGCUCACAUGGUGUCUGGGCCCUUGGCACUCCGGUGGUGCGCGUGGGCAGGGCGCGGGGACAUGGGGCCCGACAUGGAGCUGCCCAGCCACUCAAAGCAGCUCCUGCUGCAGCUGAACCAGCAGAGGACCAAGGGCUUCCUGUGUGACGUCAUCAUCAUGGUGGAGAACUCCAUCUUCCGGGCCCACAAGAACGUCCUAGCCGCCAGCAGCAUCUACUUCAAGUCCCUGGUCCUGCACGACAACCUCAUCAACCUGGACACAGACAUGGUCAGCUCCACAGUGUUCCAGCAGAUCUUGGACUUCAUCUACACAGGCAAGCUGCUGCCCAGCGACCAGCCAGCCGAGCCCAACUUCAGCACCCUCCUCACUGCCGCCAGCUACCUCCAGCUGCCCGAGUUGGCAGCCCUCUGCCGCCGCAAACUCAAGCGAGCCGGCAAGCCCUUUGGCUCUGGGAGGGCGGGGUCCGCUGGCAUGGGGCGGCCCCCCCGCAGCCAGCGGCUGUCCACAGCCUCUGUCAUCCAAGCUCGGUAUCAGGGGCUCGUGGAUGGGCGCAAGGGGGCCCACGCCCCCCAGGAGCUCCCCCAAGCCAAAGGCUCAGACGAUGAACUCUUUCUUGGUGGCUCUAACCAGGAUAGCGUGCAAGGUCUGGGCCGGGCCGUCUGCCCAGCUGGCGGGGAGGCGGGUCUGGGGGGCUGCAGCAGCAGCACCAACGGGAGCAGCGGGGGCUGCGAGCAGGAGCUGGGCUUGGACCUGUCCAAGAAAAGCCCACCCUUGCCCCCUGCCACCCCAGGUCCCCACCUCACUCCCGAUGACGCAGCCCAGCUGAGCGACAGCCAACAUGGCUCGCCCCCUGCGGCCUCUGCCCCUCCCGUUGCCAACAGUGCCUCUUAUUCUGAGCUGGGGGGCACCCCUGAUGAGCCCAUGGAUCUGGAGGGGGCCGAGGACAACCACCUGAGCCUGCUGGAGGCACCUGGUGGGCAGCCUCGGAAGAGCCUCCGGCACUCCACUCGGAAGAAGGAGUGGGGCAAGAAGGAGCCUGUGGCUGGCUCCCCCUUUGAGCGGAGAGAAGCGGGGCCCAAGGGUCCCUGCCCGGGAGAGGAGGGUGAGGGGGUCGGGGACAGGGUUCCCAAUGGCAUCCUGGCUGGUGGGGCUGGCCCUAGCGGGCCCUAUGGGGAGCCCCCCUACCCCUGCAAGGAGGAGGAGGAGAACGGCAAGGAUGCAAGUGAAGACAGUGCGCAGAGCGGGAGCGAGGGGGGCAGCGGCCACGCCAGCGCCCACUACAUGUACCGGCAGGAGGGCUACGAGACGGUGUCCUACGGGGACAACUUGUACGUGUGCAUCCCCUGCGCCAAGGGCUUCCCCAGCUCUGAGCAGCUCAAUGCGCACGUGGAGACUCACACGGAGGAAGAGCUGUUCAUCAAGGAAGAGGGGGCCUACGAGACAGGCAGUGGGGGUGCCGAGGAGGAGGCCGAGGACCUGUCAGCACCCAGUGCGGCCUACACGGCUGAGCCCCGGCCCUUCAAGUGUUCGGUCUGUGAGAAGACCUACAAGGACCCAGCCACGCUGCGGCAGCACGAGAAGACACACUGGCUGACACGGCCCUUCCCCUGCAACAUCUGUGGCAAAAUGUUCACGCAGCGCGGCACCAUGACGCGUCACAUGCGGAGCCACCUGGGCCUGAAGCCCUUCGCCUGCGAUGAGUGUGGCAUGCGCUUCACCCGUCAGUACCGCCUCACGGAGCACAUGCGUGUGCACUCGGGCGAGAAGCCUUACGAGUGCCAGCUGUGCGGGGGCAAGUUCACCCAGCAGCGCAACCUCAUCAGCCACCUGCGCAUGCACACUUCCCCCUCCUAGAAGCCAAAGACCCGCGGGCGCCCUCUGCCACCUUGCUCCCCGGGAACCCAUGGAAGGAGAAGCGAGGUGAUGCAGCAGCAGGGGCGAGACCCUGGGUCCAGUGGAGGCUCCGGGUGGCCCCUCUGGCCCCCACUGCCCACACCCAGAGCUUUAAUGGACAGUCCGUACCAAGCAGAGCCGAGAGGAGGGAAGCCAGGGGUCCCAGCCCGUCUACCUCCCCAUCCCACCCAGGCCCCCAGCUCCCCGCGGGGGCCACCGCAGGGCCUGUGGGCUGGGUCACGUGGGUCUCGCUGGGACCUGGUCCCUUUGUUGCAGGCGGCUUGGAGAAAGGGCAGUGGGACGCUGGCCACGGCCAGGGUGGUGUCGGGAGCAGGCCUCACCCUGCUGGCUGUGUCUGUGUGUGUGCACGUGUGCUUGUGUCUGUGCGGGCGCGUGCGGCCCUGGUUCUGCAGGGAACAGGUGCUGGGGGUGCAGAUCCCUCCCUCCUUGAGCCAGGGUGGCACUGCUCACUGGCGCUGGGACAGUCAGGGUGACCCCACCGCCUACCUCUCUACAACUAAAGAGCCCUCUGGGCCUGUGUUGCUGUUAUUCCUACUGAUCUGUUCCUCUGUUUUUCUUUUUGAUUUUUGUUUUUUAAACCAAAACAAACAAUAGCUUAUUUUCUUUCCGCCCCCUCCGGGGCUGAGCCUGGGUCUGAAGACUGAAUGUAACAGGGGCCGCUGGCACUCCUGCGCGUCCCCCGGCUCUGGCGCUGCAGGGGUGUCGGCGUGCCACCUCUCCAGGCCCCAGAAGCCCUUCUUGCCCAAAGGCUUCCCUGGUCCCUGAGCCCUGCCUCGGCUGCCUCAGGGGAGAGUGCUUUUCCUGUAGUUUCCAAGGAAUAUUCUUUGUUUAGAGGUACUUGUUUUUUAUUAAGAGAAAAACCAGUGUAACGUUUAUGUGACUGUUUGAACUGGAAGGUCUGGGGUUCCGGGGGGUGGGGGGAGGCUAGACUCAAUGCCGGGGCCGUCGGUACUCGUUUUCAUUUGUGUGCGCGUGCGUGUGUGUGUGUGUGUGUGUGUGUGUGUGUCUGUCUGUGUGGUGUGUGCCGUAUGCAUGGGCAGAUGUUUCGCUUUCCCUCCUUCCUCACUGAACAAGGUGGAGACUUCUGACCUUUUGCUACCUCUUGAAUUAAUGACAACGAUAUGUUGGUGACUGGCAGUGGAAGCCCUUGACACUCUUGUUUUCCUUCGCUUAGCACCUAGGAAGUCGUGUGCAGGAGCCAGCAGGGCGCCAAGUGGCCCAGUGCCUGCAGCUCACCUGUGGGUUUUCCCUUUGAGCCUUGGGCCACAUCCACCUCGAGGGGACCCUGGCACCCCGGGCACACAAACCUCUGUGGUAUAGGUGAGGGGUGUGAGGCCCCAGCCUGGAGCCAGGCACUGGGUGCUGACGGGAACCAUGAGGAGGAUGGCAGGUCUUUGCAGCUCCUGGCCAGGGUGAGGCGGAAGUGAGCCCUCAUCUUGCCACUCCUAUCCUCCAUUUGUGCAAGAGUUUUAAGCUUGAGAGAGCUGACCACAGGGCCCCCCGGGGAACAGGGAUGGCACUUCCCUGAGCAGUCCUGGCCCCCGGCCACUGUCUCGGGGCCCACCUCUCGCCCCUCAUCUUGGGCUUAGCCAGCCUCAGAUACUUCUGUGGGCCCUGAAGUGGGCUCUCAAGGCCAGACCAAGGUUGCUGAUCUCAGUCCCACUGUCUUCAGCCAGCUGAAGCUGUGGGGCUGGGCUGGCAGCCUUUAUCGUCAUCUUGCUUCACCAUUUUUUUUUCUCUCUCUUUUCAUUCUAUUUUAAGUUUAGACCAAAAAAAUAGAGAGUCAUCCCCUACCCCCACCCCUCUAGAGACCCUCCAGCUAAAAACAGAGCCUGAGUUCAGGGACCCAAGUGGUGAGCGGCGUGUUUUGGGGGUGAGGGAGCUUGGGCAGAUGAGGCUCCUGGCUGAGCCCUCCCUGUGGUGAUCCCAGCCUAAGACGGCCCCUCUUCCCUCCUGGUGGGAGACAGAGGACUGGACCCUGGGUCUCAGGUUCCAGCAAGUCAGGCUAGGGACCUAGGGGGAGGAGACCCAUGGACUUCACCCAUACUCCGUGAGGGGGCUCCUGCUGUCCUGACGCCACCCCACCCCAUCAGCACUUAAGCCACACGACACAAAGUCUGUACCGCGCGGGAAAUGUUCAUGCGCCUGGCCGUGUGCAUGGCCUCCCGGGCUGUGGGCAGCCGCAUCUGUGAGGUGACUCGUGAAAGUAGGUGAUUCCUUUGCAGAACUUCAGGGACUGGGAGCAGAGGCCCCUCACUCAACGACGUUCGUGCGACAUAGUAUUGUAUCCACCUUAGUAUUGUAUCGAGCCUUUUCUGUAUUUUAAUGAGAAAGCAGAACACUAGUUUCCUAUUUAAGACUUUAAGGGUUUGUGGGGCGGGGCGGGAUUAACACAACAUUUGGCUUUGUUUUCUUUUUCCUUUGAUUUCCACGUCAGGUGUGUGCGAGUGUGUGUGUGUGGAGAUGUUAAGAGCCUCACAAGGAAACUGGGUUAUUGGAGGCCAAGGCGGCUUACAGUUCUCUGCGUUCGUCACUUAAUUCCUGAAUGUUUCGGAGAAACAGGAAUCAGAAAAUAGCAGAUAUCAUGUAGGAAAGAGAGGAUAAACAAAGAAAAAAAAAAUAAGCUCAUACCCAAAUUCACAAAGCCUAUUUUUUAAACCAAAGCACAUUUUGAAUGAGUAUGGAACCUCCAUGGGCUCAGAAAAAAGAUGCUAAUAUAUUUAUCUCAUUGUUUACAUAAGCUUUUACAGUUUCAGACCUCAGCAGCUGUAAGGCCAGUCCAGGGAACCCUCCCCUGCUGCUGGAAGCCCUUCUGAGUUGGCCCUGGAGUGGCUCACAGGCAGAGAAGGGUAGCCCUGGGGCUGGGGGAGGGAUUGGAAGCCUCCCUGGAGUCACCUGAGCCCUCGUCCCCAUUCCCAGGGCCCCUCCAAGCCCAGCUGGCACCAAAGAGCUUGGGCCCGUGCUGACCAGCCCCCAAGGCCCUCUGGCCGGACCACACUGGUCCUGACCAGCUAGCCUACGUGGGGAUGGCCGUCAGUUCUGGCCACAGGACCCGAGUCUGGGCUUGGGUCCCCCUGCUGCUCUGCCCGUGACCCUUGGGGAUGGGUUGAUGCGAGGGUCCCACUCAAGCCAAAAAGCCGGGACCUUUGCACAGCUCAGUCGACUCUGGUGGGUCCCCACUCCUGGGGACCCCCUAACCCCACCCCAGGCAGCAGAAGGGGCUGACUGGGUCUGGUCCUUACCAACAUAGACGGUGCAAACACUCUUAACAGUGUUGUUUUUGUAUCAAUAUGUUUGUGCAGUGAUGAAUGUAUUUAUUUCUCAGACUUGGGGCGAGUGAGCGGGUGGCAGGCCGGGCUCUGCCACUGUGUGCUCCCGCCGGACCGAGCCCCAGCAAGGGCUCCUCCAGGAUUGCAAAAAAAAGGAAGAGAAAAGAUGAACCUUUAAGCAAAUAAGAAUCUCAGAGACUCGCAGCAUAGCCAUACACCUCAGCCUGUGAAAUGAACAAUCCGGACCCUCACCGACUUUCCCCACCUCAGGCAGCCGUGUGUGUUUACCGUUCAUCACCACUCGGGGGCACCGGGCCACCCACCCACUCCCCCAAUCCGUCAGUAUUCACUGGACCUCAGGCCCUGUGCAGGAGUGCGAUCCGGGCUGGGCCGCUGGGCAGGCUGACCCCCUGCCCUCCUGCGGCCAUCCUGAGUUGGGGUGAGGCCUGGGCAGCCGGAGGGCAGGGCUCAGGGAGCAGGAGGCUGCAUCCGUCCACCCCCCAGGCAUGGGGGACAAAAGCCAAAGGUGCCAGGCCUUAGAGCAGACAAGGGCUCUCAGCCCUGGCAUGCCCUCUAAAGGGACCAAGGUCCUCCUAUUUCCCAGAACCCCGUUGGGGCAGAUGUUACUGAACCUGUGAAUCAGACGCCAGGAGUGAGGGCUGGGGAGGGACCUAACUGGAGCCUCAGUCUGACAUUCCAUGCUGGGGUGGGGGUGGGCAUGAGCGGUGGGAACUGAGGCUGCCCAGGACCCCCUUCCUAGGAUGCCCCGGCUUCAGUCACCCCACUUUAACUUUCUACCAGGACCCCCUCCCCCUACCUCACCUUGCUAUUUAUUGCUGUAAUUUAUUGACCUCAAAAAUGCUGCAUAACAGACCUCACUGGGGCAGGGAGGAUCCCCAGGGCUCCCACCCUCCACUUGGCGGGCCCCGUGGGGCCAGGUGCUGAGGGGAGCCUUUCUGCCCCACCCAUCACUAGCUUCCCUCUGCCCUCCCCCACCCCGGGGGGACCCAGGUUGGGCACUGGCUCAUUUCUCGCAAAUACCUCGAAGGGGAGGGGGGAGGGAUGGGGUUGUAGCUGUUUUGUUUAAUUGGAACUGGAAGAGGGAUCAUGUUUUGUUUUAUGCCCUUCCCAGAAGGGGGGAGGGACACCGGGAUCGCACUCCUGUACUGGCCACCGCCGCUGUCACUUGUCACAUUGAGUUCAUGUCCCUUGAGAGUUUGUAUAAAUUCAGGUCAGAGCUGCAGCUACACAGCUGCCCAGUGUCAUAGAAAAGCAAUUCACCAACGACUGAUCUCUCCAUUCAGAAGUGUGCAGUCUUAAAUGUACAGCGAUAAGAAACUGUUAUUUUAUGAUCUUUUCAUUAAAAGCUUGAUUGAAAACUCU